AUGUCUUUCACCGGCACGCAGGACAAGUGCAAGACGUGCGACAAGACCGUCCAUUUCAUCGACCUCCUCACCGCCGACGGCGUCUCCUACCACAAGACAUGCUUCAAGUGCAGCCACUGCAAGGGGACCCUCUCGAUGUGCAACUACUCUUCCAUGGAUGGUGUUCUCUACUGCAAGACCCAUUUCGAACAGCUCUUCAAGGAGACGGGGAACUUCUCAAAGAAUUUUACGCCAGGUGGCAAAUCCGCAGAGAAGAGCGAGGCAAAGGCUCCAAGCAAGAUGUCAUCUGCCUUCUCUGGAACUCAAGAUAAAUGCGCGGCCUGCCAAAAGACCGUGUACCCAUUGGAGAAGCUAACUUUGGAGGGCGAAUGCUACCACAAGAGCUGCUUCAAGUGCUCGCAUGGUGGCUGCAUCCUGACGACCUCCUCGUAUGCCGCUCUCAACGGAAUCCUCUACUGCAAGAUCCAUUUCUCACAGCUGUUCAAGGAGAAGGGAAGCUACAACCAUCUCAUCAAGACCGCGCAAACAAAGAAGGAGAAUGUGGAGGCUGCGGCUGCGGCAGAGGCAGGGGCGGAGGCAGCAGCUGCUGCUGCUGCAGCAGCAGCAGAGCCGGAAGCACCACCGCAAGAUGAAGAAUAG